GCGGGGGCGGUGCCGCGCGUGCGCCCGCGCGGCGUUUCCGGGUGGGGCCGGGAUGGUGCUGCUGGAGAGCGAGCAGUUCCUGACAGAGCUGACCAGACUCUUUCAAAAGUGCAGAACUUCGGGGAGCGUUUUCAUAACGCUGAAGAAAUAUGAUGGCCGAACAAAACCAGUCCCACGCAAAGGCCACGCAGAAAGUUUUGAACCAGCAGACAAUAAAUGUCUUCUAAGAGCAACUGAUGGAAAGAAGAAAAUUAGCACAGUGGUGAGCUCAAAAGAAGUAAACAAAUUCCAGAUGGCAUAUUCAAAUUUGCUGAGAGCGAACAUGGAUGGCUUGAAGAAAAAAGACAAGAAAAGCAAAAACAAGAAGAGUAAAGCAACACAGUGAUGGAGCAGUGUCCUGCCAUCCCUAUAACAGACUUGACCCUUGCUCAAAGCAAAGCCCAUUUCUUUUUGAGUUACCACUUGUCUUUGGCUUUCCUUCCAGCAGGAUACUGGGAUGUGAUCAGUACUUUUGUUUAAACUGAGAGCAGAAGGUGCUUUCUGUGGAUUGUUGUAUGGCAGGAGUAUUUACAGGGUUAUACUGAAGUAGCUUUAUACUCAGCUGCCAACUGGUUUUGUACUUAUCCUGCUGUCUGUUUUAUAUUGUAUGAGUGUAAAAUCUGUUUGAGGAAUAACACAGGGUGACAAGGAAUGUACCAGGAGCAAAGCGAGACUGGAGCAGGAGUCUCAGUGACAGAUGCCCAGUUUUAUAGAUAAGCCUCAGUAGUACUAGGGGAAGUGGGUGCCAAAAUAUUAUCAGGAGCAGCAGCUUUCCUGUUUCUCUCGUUUUGAGAGACAUGUCUAUGUGAUGCAGUGCAGAUAUCCCCAAGGCAGCCAGCACAGUGCUUGAGCUCUUGCAGAGCCAGGCAGCUGUGCCUUUGCUCCAUGCUGAUCCAGCUGUGCUGAUCCAGCUGUGCUCACCCUGGCUCAGGGUGGGGGGGCAGGCAGGACUCAGUGUUCCUUUUGGACAUGGCUUAAAAAUGCUCAUGUCACCUAAACUUUUUUUUUAAAGCUUCAUCCUUCAGUAUAUUCAGGGAUAUGAAUUUCCCCAUACUUCAAAUCUUACAGUAGUUCCUUCAUAUGAGCAGGUGUAAUUGUUCCUAUUAAAUACAAUGAGAAAUGGA